AUGUGUUCAACAGCUCCCGCAAACAGCCUCUUUGGGGGCGCCUCCUUCUCCUUGCCUUACCAUACCCUCGACAGAGCCGUCAUCGCAAGCAAGAUGGCGUCUUCUACCAUGGUGGUCACGGAGUCGGUGACAGAGGUGACAGAAACAACAGAGGAACUGGCGCAGCUAAUAUCGCCGCCGACCAUUUACCUCGAUGAUAACGGCGACCUGAAGCUCUGCGUCGGCGGCGACGUCGAGGACCACCCACAAGAUUUUGUCGUCUGCUCGCGAGCCCUCGGUCGAAGUUCCCCGGUCCUGAAAGCAAUGCUGUUUGGUCGCUUCCUCGAGUCUCGUCCGGUAGAGGGUACCGGGGAAUGGUCUGUCGACUUGCCCGAAGACUCGGCAGAGGCAAUGGAGAUUGUGCUCAAUAUCGUCCACGGCCACUUUAACCUCAUCCCAGAAAGCCUUCCAUUGAUGCGGCUCUACAACGUCCUCACCAUCACGGAGAAGUACGACAUGACUGUCGUCGUUCGCCCGUGGGCCCGCUCGUGGAUGCAGGGCGUCAAGCACGAGACCGACAAUGCGCACCUCCUCUGCGUCGCUUGGGAGCUGGGAGACGUCGAGGUCUUUGAUACGAUGUACAAAAAGAUCACCUACGAGUCGAUGAUUGACCUACAAGGAAGGAUCGUAUUUGGACACUUGGCGCGCAUUUGGAAGCCUGGGUCAGAGGGAUACAACUUUCCUCUCGAAAGGAUUGUCUACCUACGGCCCCCGGAGGUCUUUGAAACCAUCGCCAGGCACCGCCAGGCCCUCGUCUCGGCCAACUUGGAUCACUUUGUCCUCCUUUACCGAUGUCUCAAAGACGGAUGCAGAUAUAUGAAAGGAUAUUACCACAGCUCGCCAGACGCCGAGGAGUGCAACAGCAUGCUCCUCGGGUCACUGGUGAGGUGUCUCGCCAAGGGAAAAGUCGACGUCACCCUGCCAAGCCCUUGUGAAUCAUACAGAGGGAAUGUGGAAUCGUUGGAGAAGGCAAUCAGUGCCGUCAAGCUCUUGACAGUGCACAAGCCAUCUGCCGCAAAUCAAUGUUUGAAGAGGAUAGAAGAGGAGCUGGCCAAGGGAACACUUGCUGCUGGCGUAACAAAAACGGAGUUGGUCGUCGUUCAACCGGAGCAUCGGGGAUACCUGGAAAAGCAAGCCAGCAAGACUGGAUUUGUCAUGACUGGAUAG